GAAAAUACAAUGGGUUCGUGGUUCGGAUUCAGUAUAGUGGUUCUCGGUUUAUCGAGUCUGGUAUUGGUGAUUGUGGCAUCGGAUAACAUGCCAGCCAACAAGGAUGUAUCGAAAUUUUUCCCACUAACAUUGAUUCACAUCAAUGACCUUCAUGCGAGAUUUGAGGAAACGAACAUGAAGUCGAACGCGUGUGCCCCGAAGGAUAAGGGUCAAUGCAUUGCCGGGAUUGCCAGAGUAUAUCACAAGAUAAAGAAGUUACUUCAGGAAUAUCAGAAGAAAAAUCCCAUCUAUCUGAAUGCUGGUGACAAUUUCCAGGGCACACUGUGGUACAAUCUGCUAAGGUGGGAAGUGACUGCUGCGUUUAUAACAAAGUUGCCACCGGCUGCUAUGACAUUGGGAAACCACGAGUUUGAUCAUACGCCGAAAGGAUUAGCUCCUUAUUUGACGGAAUUGGAUAAAGCAAAGAUACCUACCGUGGUUGCAAACUUGGUCCUGAAUGGAGACGAAGAUCUGAAAAAUUCAAAAAUUCCCAAAUCUAUCAAAGUGAAUGUAAACGGUAAAACCAUUGGGAUAAUUGGUGUUCUAUAUGAUAAAACUCACGAAAUAGCCCAAACGGGAAAAGUAACCCUAUCGAGCGCUGUUGAUGCGGUGAAAACUGAAGCUGCUGCUUUAAAAAAAGCUAAAGUGGAUAUAAUCGUGGUUCUUUCGCACUGCAGCUACGAAGAGGACAAGAAAAUUGCAACAAACGCAGGGGAAGACAUAGACGUCAUCGUUGGAGCCCACUCGCAUUCGUUCCUAUAUUCACCGGAAUCUAAAAAGCCAUAUGAUAAGAAUGAUAAAAUCGAAGGACCCUAUCCGACCGUUGUAACUAGCAAGAACAACCGAAAAAUUCCAAUAGUGCAGGCGAAGUCCUUUGGAAAAUAUGUCGGUCGUUUGACACUGUAUUUCGACGACAAAGGUGAAGUCAAACACUGGGAAGGCUCUCCGGAAUUUAUUGAUAACAAGGUUGAACAGGAUAAGGAGAUUCUCAAAGCGUUGGAUCCCUGGCGUAAGAAGGUGACCGAAUUGGGUUCCAAAGUAGUGGGAGAAACAAAGAUUCAUUUGGAUCGCGACUCCUGUCGAGAUCAAGAGUGUACGCUUGGUGUGUUGUAUGCGGAUGCUUUUGCCAGUCACUACACAAAUGCGAGCUUUAGGCCUUUCGCAAUAAUCCAAGCUGGCAACUUUCGGAAUCCCAUUCCCGUUGGAAAAAUUACCAACGGCGACAUCAUCGAGGCGGCUCCCUUCGGGUCUACAGCAGAUCUUAUUCGACUGAAGGGGGAAGAUAUUUGGAAAGUGGCAGAACAUUCGUUUGGUUUGGACGACGAGAACCGAACCAAUUGUUUGCAAGUGUCAGGAUUACGAAUCGUGAUCAAUCCAAGCAAGCCAGUCGGAAGCAGGGUUGUGAAAAUUGAAGUGAAAGAUCACAGUAAACCGCAAUCGAACGAUUUGAAACCAUUGGACAAAGAAGCAAACUACUAUGUUGCCUCACCGUCGUAUUUAUGCGAUGGGAAGGAUGGGUUUACUGCGAUGAAGAAAGCCUCGGCUAGAUGGACUGGUCCGCUUGAUUCCGACGUUUUUAAAAAUUAUGUUGAAAAAAUUAAAACAGUGGAUAAGCUUGAUACAGAAAGAGUUGUGGUGUGCAAAAAUGGUGUAAAAUGUGCUUAAAUUGUUGAUUAAAUAUUUGA